AUGAAGACUGCUGCUGCUCUUCUUGCCGCUUCGGCCAGCCUGGCUGCCGCCCAGGUCACCUUCAACAACGGCACCUACCAGUGCGCCCAGGCCAACGUUGCCUACUGCGCUGGCAGCUCUCUCGGCACCGAUAUCAUCAUCCGCUGUGAUGCCAACGGCAAGGGCCAGCCCGGCCGCUGCACUGAUAACCUUGCCGGCGAGCCCCCACUAGGUGUCCAGCCCGCUCUCUGCUACCAGUCCAGCGAGACCGCCGGUGACGCCUCCUGCGAGAAGAACUGCGUUGUCUACGGAAGCUCCGGCAACGGCAACGGCACCUUCACUCUGCCUCCUGCGCUGUGCACUCCGUACUACACCGCCACCACCUCCGCACCGGCUCCCACCAACACCACGGCCCCUCCCGCCUCCAGCACGCUCGUGACCGUCACCUCGGUCUACAACAGCACCCUGCCCUGCCCCUACUGCACCGGCGUCACCUCGGUCCCCACGGGCAACCCUACCGGCAACCCUACCGGCAACCCGACUGGCAACCCGACCAAGACCCCCGUCGGGCCCACCACCGUCACCACGGGCACCGGCAGCCCCACGACCAUCCCCACGGCGGGCGCUGCCGCCAAGGAGGUCAGCGCCGCUCUGGCCCUCGUCGGCUUCAUCGCCGCCGCCGUGCUAUAA